CACUUCCGGGAGAAGCAGCUUUGCCUCCUAGUUUUUGUUGGGACCAGAGGAACAUUAUCCCGCUGAGCCUCUGAAGUGGAAAAAAGAAACUGAAGACGAAGAAAGAACAAGUUAACAAACCGUGGAAAUGUACGAAGCCGACAUUUAGUCGCGUACAAUGUGAGCGGGUGCGCCUGCGCGGUGAAUUCCUGGUCGGAGGUUUGCUUUGUCUGGUAGUGUGACCCUCCCUGUCCUUCAUCAUGCUGAGUUUCCUGCGCAGGACGCUGGGACGACGCUCCAUCCGGAAACACGCAGAGAAAACGCGUUUACGGGAAGCUCAGCGCGCCACCACGCACAUCCCUGCCGCCGGGGAUGCCAAAUCUAUCAUAACAUGCCGAGUGUCGCUACUGGAUGGAACUGAUGUCAGCGUGGACCUGCCGAAAAAAGCCAAAGGAGAGGAGCUGUUUGACCAGAUCAUGUACCAUCUGGACAUCGUAGAGAAAGACUACUUCGGACUUCGCUUUAUGGACGCAGCACAAGUGGCACAUUGGCUUGACACUACAAAAAGUAUCAAAAAACAAGUGAAAAUCGGCCCACCAUACUGCCUUCACAUGAGAGUGAAGUUCUACUCUUCAGAACCCAACAACCUGCACGAAGAACUCACCAGAUACCUAUUUGUGCUGCAAUUAAAGCAAGAUAUCCUCAGUGGCAAGCUUGAAUGUCCAUUUGACACAGCGGUGGAGUUGGCUGCCUUCUCACUACAGGCUGAGUUAGGAGACUGUGACCCAUUAGAACAUAAUCUGGACCUUGUGUCAGAAUUUCGCUUCAUCCCCAACCAGACAGAGGACCUGGAGCUGGCCAUAUACAACACAUGGAAAGAGUGCAGAGGUCAGACACCAGCCCAAGCUGAGAUUAACUACCUAAAUAAAGCCAAGUGGCUGGAGAUGUAUGGAGUGGACAUGCAUAUGGUCAAGGCAAGAGACGGUAAUGAAUACAGUCUGGGUUUGACACCCACUGGAGUUCUGGUAUUUGAAGGAGAAACCAAGAUCGGGCUCUUCUUCUGGCCCAAGAUCACUCGUCUUGAUUUCAGGAAGAGCAAACUAACCCUAGUGGUGGUGGAAGAUGAUGAGCAGGGUAAGGAACAGGAGCAUACCUUUGUCUUCAGAAUGGACCAUCCAAAGGCCUGUAAACACUUAUGGAAGUGUGCUGUGGAGCACCAUGCUUUCUUUAGAUUGAGAGGACCAGUACAGAAGAACUCUGCACGCUCGGGUUUCAUUCGUAUGGGAUCUCGCUUCAGAUACAGCGGGAAGACCGAAUAUCAGACAACAAAAGCCAAUAAAGCACGACGGUCGGCCUCAUUUGAGAGACGUCCCAGUCGACGGUACUCCAGAAGAACCAUGCAGAACCGAGGACCUUUCAAUCCACUUGAGGUUCUUUCCUCGGGCAACGGGAUCAACUCCAGCAAAGACAACAAGGUUUCUCCAAGUCGAGGGGCGUGGUCAGGCGUACCUGUCGUCAGCCCCAUACCUGCCUCUGUCUGUGGUCCGAUGGAAAUCGAAGCUCUACCUAGAAGUCCAGGAGGGGAAAAGAGAGGUUUACCCAUGGUUCCUGACUUGAUGGAGACCUGCAUCGAUGACGUCCUCAGAGCUCACGUGGCCCCCGCAGUCACACCAGAGGCUUAUUCCACCCCCAGUGUCAGCAGGGAGGACCCGCUCAGCCUCGCUGAAGCAGCAGCGCGUCUGAAACAGCUGGAACUGGAGAGCAGUCAGCUCCACUCCGCUCAGAGAAAUAACAUCAACGUCAACGUGGCCAUGAAUAAUCAGGAGGACGUGGUGAAGCUGACGGAGAAGUGCGCUCUGAGCAGUUCAGGCAGUAGUCCGGCCGCCACGCCGCUGAGAACGCCCGAUGAUCUGAAGAGCAACAUCCUGAAAGCACAAGCCGAGGCCGCCGCCCUCAAGGGUUCUCUGGAGGAACAUUCUGUCGUGACUGGAGAGAAAAACUGUAACGUACAGGAGGCGUUUGUCAGUGGGCGUCAUGACAUCCACGACCAAUGGGAGCUGAUCAAACCAGCGUCUGCGGAGUCGACAGCAGGAGCCAGUGUGGAGCGGCUCGCUGAAGAUUUAACCCCCCCUGUUCCCAUGAUGCCCUCUGAGUUUACCAGUGAAGCCAUGACACCGGUGGUGAAAACAGAGGAGGUUGACCCUCAAACUUCAAACCCACUGUCUGACAACCUGAUCGACUUCACAGAUCUGACGCCUGUGCUCCCGGCGGUGCAUCAGCCCAAACCCGUCAUCACACCUCGCUGGAUUAUUCCCACCACCGCUCCUCCUGGUAUGUUUACUAACGGCCUGCUCGACCUUGACCCCCCCGCUAAGGUCCCGCCUCUCCUCCCUGCAGACGGGGGGGGCGCUCUCACCCAGGCCCCCCCUCCCCCUGCUCCCGCACGCUUCGUCAUCUCCAACAGCUCUGCAGGUCAGCAGCCGGCCGUGGACGAUGGAGCCAAACCCAGAGGUCUCCUGACCACUGAGCUCUGACGGACCACAUCCACCCAUCAACCCCACUCCACUGGACCCGCAUCCCAUCAUCCCCUUCUGCUCCGGCCAGGCUGGACUGGACGUUAAUGUAAGGAGGGAAGAGGCAGCUGACCAGCACCACGGAACACCAUUCUCAUUGACUUUGAUUUUAUCACAUGGACCAAAUUUUUACUUAAAUUAAGUCGUAGUGUUUUUAACGGUGAGGUUCAUUCACACAACGCUAGAAUGAGUGGAGUAUUUUUAAUGCAAACGUUACAUUCUACAGUUAGAAAUAUGAGUAUCAGUGCUCAGAUGUGGAAGGUUUUGAUCCCAUCCCACCCCUUCGGACACUUUCAUGUCAUCAAAGGUCUUUCCAUUGGUUCAGGUUCCAUCAGAGAAACUCAAACUUUGUAUGUUUCAUAAAAGCAGAGACUUAAACCCUGAAGAGUAGACAUGUUAGAGGUGUUUUCCCUUUCUUUAUUCUGACUGGAACAGCACAUUCUUCACUGGAUAUUCUAGGUUUGUCCGUUUGUUCUAGAUCUAAGUAAUAACACUGAAUGGAGGCGAGGCUCGAACAGAAGAAGUCAGUAAAAACACAGACUAUGAAAGCUGCUUCUGAGUCCGAACAUGAUGGAACCUGGAUGUUAUUCCACUGUGACUACACCUGUAGCUUUACACAAACAUCUGAAACAGUCCAGUCUACAUGUCAGACUUUCACUGGACAGAAAAUGUUUUCCCACAAACACUGGAUUAUCUUGUCAACACUGGAUGUGAGGAGUCGAACACAAAGUGUGUUUUUUUUUGUUUUUUUUUUUUAAAUGUUUUUCUUUUUGCUCAUUGCAGUAUUUUACACACACAUUCGGGUGUUGAGUUUCUGUAUUGAAGGGUAGUUCCUUAUUGUCUGUUUUCCAAUUAAUUCCAAUGUGAU